UGCGGAGCUGCGAGAGCAGCAAGAGAAGGAGGAGCGCGGAUAUCUCGUCCACCAUGUGAAAGAGGAGCGCCCGACGCCCCACUCCGAGGCUCCUUCCCCCCUGGUCAGAAGCUGGACUAGAUGAACCCCUUAUCCAAUCCUCUGGGGCUUCUAUUUCAUAUUAAGCUGCUCCCCAGAAAGUGUUGAGUAUUAGUAAUGCUGUGGCUGCAAACCAACUUUCUUAGAAGUCCCAGCUAAGUUAUUCUGAGUAAUCAUGUAUGCAUGAGAUAUCUCAGUUAAAAGGUGGACCUUAAUGACCCUCUAAGCACACUGAUGAAAUGGAGCCUGGAACAAAUUCUUUCAGAGUGGAGUUCCCUGACUUCUGCAGCACCGUUUUGCAGAAGCUGAACCAGCAACGCCAGCAAGGGCAGCUCUGUGAUGUUUCUAUUGUUGUUCAGGGACAUUUGUUCCGAGCCCACAAAGCUGUCUUGGCAGCCAGCUCCCCUUACUUCUGCGACCAAGUGCUCUUGAAAAACAGUCGACGGAUUGUUCUGCCUGACGUCAUGAACCCCAGAGUGUUUGAGAACAUCCUUCUGUCAACUUACACUGGGCGCCUGGUGAUGCCCGCGCCAGAGAUUGUCAGCUACCUCACAGCGGCAAGUUUUCUUCAGAUGUGGCACGUGGUAGACAAAUGCACUGAGGUGCUGGAAGGAAACCCUUCCGUUCUUUGUCAAAAGUUGAAUCGUGCCAGUGACCACCAGUCCCCCAGCAGCAGUAACUACAAUGGCCUGGUGGAGAGCUUUGAGAUAGGGUCUGUGGGGCAGGCAGACUUCCACAAAGUGCAGGAUGGUGAAAAUGAAGAGGAAAGCUCGAAAGAUGAACUGUUGUCUCAACUCACAGAACAUGAGUAUCUCCCCAGCAAUUCUUCAACGGAACAUGACCGUCUGAGCACAGGGAUGACAAGCCAGGAUGGAGAGGAAGGAGCAAGCGACAGUGCUGAGUAUCAGUACGCCAGGCCCCUUUACAGCAAACCGAGCAUCAUGUCUCACAAGCGGUGGAUCCAUGUGAAGACAGAGAGGUUUGUGCAGGACUGCGAAGGGGUGGAGGUGCAUGGCCCUUACGAUGAGCAGCAGGUGUCUGAAUCCAUGAAUGCCAUUCAGGUGAGCCACUCUGUCCCGACGUCUGGCCCCGAAGACCUUCGUGUCAAUGAAAAAAAGAUGGGGACAGAGUUUGGUGAGCAAGCCAAUGAAAGCAAUUACGAUGAGCAAGUGGACUUCUACGGCUCUUCCAUGGAAGAGUUUUCUGGGGAAAGGGCCGAUGGGACACUCAGCCUUCAGAGACAGGACGCUGGGAUUGCUGCAGGUUAUGGAGAUAGCAUGGACAUUCCCUCGGGGAUCAAGGAAGAAAAUGCCCUGUCUGGGUUCUCCACAGCUGACAAACUUUACCCCUGCCAGUGUGGCAAAAGCUUUACCCACAAAAGCCAGAGGGACCGCCACAUGGGCAUGCACCUCGGCCUGCGGCCUUACGGUUGUGGCGUGUGUGGUAAGAAGUUCAAAAUGAAGCACCACCUUGUUGGCCACAUGAAAAUUCACACUGGCAUCAAGCCUUAUGAGUGCAACAUUUGUGGGAAAAGGUUCAUGUGGAGGGACAGUUUUCAUCGGCAUGUAACAUCUUGUACAAAGUCAUACCAAGCCUGUAAGGUGGAACAGAACACUACUGAGAUGAAUUGAAAACAGGUGCCAGGCAGUGGGGUGGGGAGAGUGUAUGGGAAGGGAAAAGGCAGAGAGAACCAGAUUACAUAACUGCAUCAUAGAGUAACACAGAAUGUAUAUGUUGCACAGAGUGUGCCAUGUACUACGCUGCUGAGAUUCUGGAUGGUUGUUUUUUUU